UCACAGACCUUACAAGCCCUAUGUUGCUGGACCCCCAGAACACAGAACAUGGCAGAUGGGGCACAGGCCAACCCCAGAAUGUUCAGGAAGAAGGUGCUGGUUAGGCAUCUCUCUGGGUGGAGGGGCCCAAGCCUCAGGGCCUCUUCUCCUUGGAGAAGCUCCAGGUCUAGCUUGGGUAUGAAGAAGUUCUUCACCAUGGUCAUCUUGGCCGGCAGCGUCCUGCCUGAGGCCCACAGCAGCCUGCUUAACUUGAAGUCCAUGGUGGAAGCCAUCACGGGGAGGAACGCCAUCCUGUCCUUCGUGGGUUACGGCUGCUACUGUGGGCUGGGAGGGCGCGGGCUGCCUAUGGACGAGGUGGACUGGUGCUGCCAUGCCCAUGACUGCUGCUACCAGAAGCUCUUUGACCUGGGCUGUCACCCCUAUGUGGACCACUAUGAGCACACCAUCGAGAAUAAUACCGAGGUCGUCUGCAGUGAGCUCAACGAGACGGAGUGUGACAAGCAGACGUGCGAAUGUGACAAGAGUGUGGUUCUGUGUCUCCGGAACCACACGUACAACGAGAAGUAUCGAAACUACCUCAACAUCUACUGUCAGGGCCCCACGCCCAACUGCAGCAUCUACGAGCCACCGCCCGAGGAGGUGGCCUGGAGACACACUGACCCCACUCCCCCUGCACCUCCCUAGUGCCCUCUGGGGACAAGACAGACUGAGCAGGGGGAGCUGGGGCGGGGGGACACUGGGAGCCCUAGGACUGCCUGGCUGCUUCUCCCUGAAGCCCCUCCGUGAGACAGGCUCCCGAGGGCUCGGGAAGGCCUGGGCUCUGACUGUGGU